CCGUUUCUUUUUAUUUGGAUCCCGCUCCCCACUCCUCGACUCCAUAGCCGUUUCCCUCUCUUAUUCAAACCUCACGCCUCCUUCCUUCUUUCAGUGCACUACACCCUGCCCCUCACCUCACGCCUCAAUCUUCUCGAGAGAGCCGCCUUCUCUGGCCGGCCGGAGCUGCGUGUUCCGGCGAUGGGCAAGGCGGCGAGGUGGCUGCGUAGCUUGCUAGGUGGCGGGAAGAAGGAGCAGGGGAAGGAGCAGAGGCGGCCGGCCACGGCGCCGCACGGGGACAGGAAGCGCUGGAGCUUCUGCAAGUCCACGCGGGACUCGGCCGAGGCGGAGGCUGCGGCGGCCGCGGCCGCGGCCGUCAGCGGCAACGCGGCGAUCGCGCGGGCGGCUGAGGCGGCGUGGCUCAAGUCCUUGUACAACGAGACCGAGCGGGAGCAGAGCAAGCACGCCAUCGCCGUCGCUGCGGCCACCGCGAUGGCGGCUGACGCUGCCGUGGCCGCGGCACAGGCCGCCGUGGAGGUCGUGCGGCUCACCAGCAAAGGGCCGACUUCCACGGUGCUCGCCGGCGCCGUCGCGGAGCCCCGCGGCCGCGCCUCCGCCGCGGUCAAGAUCCAGACCGCGUUCCGUGGCUUCCUGGCCAAGAAGGCCCUCCGCGCGCUCAAGGGGCUGGUGAAGCUGCAGGCGCUGGUGCGCGGCUACCUGGUGCGCAAGCAGGCGGCGGCCACGCUGCAGAGCAUGCAGGCGCUCGUCCGCGCGCAGGCCUGCAUCCGCGCCGCCCGCUCCCGCGCCGCCGCGCUCCCGACCAACCUUCGCGUCCACCCCACUCCUAUCCGGCCGCGCUACUCGCUGCAAGAGCGGUACAGCGCGGAGGAUUCCCGGAGCGACCACGGUGUGGUGCCGUACUACAGCCGCCGGCUGUCCGCGAGCGUGGAGUCCUCGUCCUGCUACGGCUACGGCUACGGCUACGACCGGAGCCCGAAGAUCGUGGAGAUGGACACCGGCAGGCCCAAGUCGCGCUCCUCCUCGCUCCGGACGACCUCCCCCGGCGCCAGCGAGGAGUGCUACGCCAACUCGGUGUCGUCGCCGCUCAUGCCGUGCCGAGCGCCCCCGCGGAUCGCCGCGCCGACCGCGCGCCACCUCCCGGAGUACGAGUGGUGCGAGAAGGCCCGGCCGGCGACGGCGCAGAGCACGCCCCGGUACGCGAGCUACGCGCCGGUGACGCCGACGAAGAGCGUGUGCGGCGGCUACACGUACAGCAACAGCCCGUCGACGCUCAACUGCCCCAGCUACAUGUCCAGCACGCGGUCGUCCGUGGCGAAGGUGCGGUCGCAGAGCGCGCCCAAGCAGCGGCCGGAGGAGGGCGCGGUGCGGAAGAGGGUGCCGCUGAGCGAGGUGAUCGUCCUGCAGGAGGCACGGGCGAGCCUUGGCGGCGGCGGCACGCAGAGGUCGUGCAACCGGCCGGCGCAGGAGGAGGCGUUCAGCUUCAAGAAGGCCGUGGUGAGCCGCUUCGACCGCUCGUCGGAGGCGGCCGAGAGGGAACGGGAACGGGACCGGGACUUGUUCCUGCAGAAAGGAUGGUGAUGAACUGAUGCGGAUGCUCCUGGAUUCACUCCGUCAACCUCAUCGUCGUGCAGUAGAAUUAAUUACCUCCAGUAAUAGCCUGAUAGGGUAGGGGGCACCUGUUAAUUUCUGGUUACCGCUGCUCACUGUUGUUUGUUUAUCUAUCGCCUUAACCUCUAUGGCUGUGGCCAUGA